AUGCCGUGGUCCGUCGACAAGUCAUCCGGCGACGCCGGAGGGACCGACCCCUCUGUGCUGCUCUACGUCGUCAAAAAGCACCUCCGCCAGGCCGAAGGCGAGCUCGAUCACCUCAGCCGCCUUCUCUCCACGCCCUCGGGCACCGACCGCCUCCUCAGCCUGAUCUACUACUCGUCGACGUUCCUCGCGCCGCAGCUGUCGCGCCUCGCGCUGCUGCUGACCGUCAAGCUUGCUACGCCCAUCCCGCUAGUCGUGCUCACGCCCGCGUCUACCACGCUGGCCACGGCCUCCAACCGCCUGCGCAAGCUCGCCUCCAAGAUCUCGGACGUGCGCAUGUUCAUGCGCCUGUGGGGGUUGGUGGGGAUCUACAAGUGGGGCGCGGGGACGCUGCGGAGUCCACCGAAGGACGCGGUGGUGCGCUCGCUGGUGCUCGCGCAGGUCGCUGUCAACGCUGCCUACCAGGUCCUCGAGAAUAUGGCGUAUCUCAAUAUGCACUCGCUCCUGGCGUUCUCGAAACGUACGGAGGGACGCAUGUGGUUGUGGAGUACUCGCUGCUGGGCCGCGCAUAUCGUACUCGAUUUUGUGAAGCUCGAGAGAAUGAGGUGGCUUCGUAACGAGAAGGCGAGGGGCCUGAGGGGCCUGGUGGUCUCCGGAGAGGAGGAGCGCGCGGCCAGGGACGACUGGAAUAAGGCGUGGGUUUGCAAUGCGACUACCGCGCCGCUGUCGAUCCACUGGAGCUUGGAGAAGGGCCUGCUCGAUGAUACUGCGGUCGGAGCAUUCGGGUGCGUAGGUGCCGCGAUUUCGCUGCGUGAUGCCUGGAGGGGUUGUGCGUGA